CUAACUUUCUGUUCAAUUGCUCGUUUGACAGACAUGUUUGUUAUACUGUAGAGCAUCGAAAGGAAAUUCAUUGCCCAUUAAUGACGAUGUAAAUGACGAACAUAAUCACCCGCAUUAACGAUAGUCCAUAUAUUUUUUAUAGCCCCUCUAUUGCCUAAGUAAGUUAGUGAGUGUUGCCAUAAACCAUUCGCUUCUGGAAAAAGUGCAGAUUCGUUACUUUAAUACCAAGUUCAGAUGAGCAAAAUUGUUAUUAUUAAAAGACGCAUUUUUAAGAUUCAAAUUUUCUCUAUAAGAAUUUUUCAUCUAUUUCUUCAUUUGGACAACACUUGUGCAAUUGCGUACCUUCAACUUACGAUCGGAUUAUCGUAAGGUUGAUGAAAACAUGAAAUCAACCAAUGGAGAGGCUACUUCUGGACUUGGCGUGAAAGUCCAUAUUAUAUUUUUAGCUACAGUUACAUAGUUCGUUCUGACUCGCGCCCUGAAAUGCUGACCAUAGCACAAAAGAGAACAAGAAGUUAUUGAAAUUGUAGGACGGAGUGACUGGCUUAUAAAAUAAUUGUUAGGAAAAAAAAAAACUACAUUUUUUGUUUAUGGUUUAGCUUAAAAAUUUGCAAAAAUUGACCACUUGUACUACAAGGGUAUGUUUGUGCGGAUGUAUACAACACUUUUUAUCAUAUUCCUAAGCUUGUCUGUCCGUCUGCGCUUAACUUGAAGCUUGUCAUUUUUUAAAUAUUUUGAUGAAAUUCGGUAGACUGAUGUGUUUUGAGUCAAGAACGAGCGCUGUUGAAAAUGGUUGGUCACGACUAGAAAGAAAGUUUUGCAAUCAAGGUAAAAUAUUCACUGGCGCUUAACAGACUAUGAAAAUGAAAAAUCUUGAACCAGAUAAAUGUCGAAUUGGUUUUACUGUACAGUGCAGGGAUUAAAACAAGGGCCUAUCUCGUUCACAUAACCGAAAUACUACUCAUUCAUUUAUGUCGAGAAAUAUUAAAAAUUUGAACUUUUUUCAUAUAUCGUACUGUCGUAAAUACGGUCCAAUCUGAACGAUUUUUUAUGAAUAUUUUCUAACAGUAAAACUAUUAACGAAGUGUUAACCAAGGAAGUAAAGCAUCAUUGAAUGAAAAUAAUGCAGAAGGUAUAUAUACUCGGCUUGGACUGACUGUUUAACAAAUGCACUGAGUAAUGUGCUUAGCUACUAAGGUGUGCCUAUCCAUAAAAAAUCUUUCAUUUAUAUGAUAUUGUGGCAACAUAACAUAUUCGAUUACAUGCAUACGAAUGUUUAAUAUUACAUGCCUUAAGAGUAACAUAGUUAAUAUAAAAUACCCGAAAGGUGUUUGUAAUAAUGUAAUAGAAUAAAUUAUGACACAAGCAACACUAUAGGGUUAGGCGUUUUUAAAAUUUCGGAAAUUGUAUUCAAAUAGAGAGCGAAUUAGUGUGAAUGUAUUAUCACAUUCAACAUUUUGGUAAAUUUUAAAGUUUUAAAUGACGGACGCAAAAAACGAACAUGGGUAAGCUAAUUCAGUUGUUCACUUUAAACAAGUACAUACAGUUGCACAAGUUAUAGAUCUCGAUUAUAUUUUUCUUUAUGUUAUAGAUAUAUUUAUAUAACUAAAGCGGAACGUUUGCUCACAUAUGUAUAACACAACCUAUGUGAGUUUAAAAUUCAUUUACGUAAAAUUACUACAGAAAUUUUAUGACAAACAAAAUUUCGCAAUAUUAUAGACGCAAAUAAUUACCCUUUGAACUAAAUCUAAGGGACAAAAGUAGAAUUUAAGAUAGUCUGUUUUUAAACAAAUUUCAUUUCAACAGAUAGACUGAUACAUAUGAACAAGUGUGCUCAAUUAUUCGUGGGAAUCUGCAAUAUUCUAUAAUAAUAUAUUGAUAUGAGUAUACGGCGCCUGGCAUUGGCCGUCGACAACAACUUUGGUUUGUUUGACUCGCACUAUCAGAGACGACAAAGUUAGCACAGAAAACUGAAAACUGAUACAUAUGCUUUAAGUUUCGCCCCCAAAGACUAUCUUUAAUUGUUCAUAAGAAAAAUAAUUAAUAAACAAGUAAGAAUGCCAUACUUGCGCAAAGCGCAUUGGGUUACAUAUCCUAGACCAUUGAUACAGUCGUUCCCUUACUUUCUUAAUAAUACACUAUAAACUUUAUAUUAUUUUUAUGUAAAUAUAUAGUUUUCACGAAAGCUCUCAUAUGAGAGUAUACUCAAAUGUCCAUGCUAUCUAAAUGUAGCAAAUUUAAUUCGCUUUCCAAAGAUUUAUUAUUUUCCAAUUGCUUUCGUCAUAACGAACCAAAAAUUACACCUUUUCGCCGUAGAAGGGUUUGCUUUCAUAAAAGCCCCAUAUAUGAUGCGAUCUAAAACAUAGAUCUAUGUAAUCCAUAUUUCUUAUUGCUGAUUUACUAAGAACAAAUUUUUAUCAUAAAAUAUUAAAAAGUAGACCUUUUUAACAUGUGAAACCCUAUUUUUGAUUAAAACCUUUAUAUGGCUGGGUAUCCAAACAAUGGACUUACGUGGUCCGAACCCAGUAGGUUUCAUUUUUAUGUCAAGUUGUUACUAUGAAUGAACAUUCAUCACGAAGUAUUGAAAAUUAGUCGUUUUUACCAUGUCCAGAUUCAGUUUCUGUGGGAGCGUUUACAUGGCAAGAGGUUCAAAAAAUUACCCCAUCCGAUCUAAAGUCUUCACAUAAAUUUAGAAUGCUACUAGCGGUUUUUGUCGCGAAAUUCUAAGAUAUGCCUUCGUCCUUCCUUUGUUGGUAAAUUUAAUAAAUAGAAAAAAUUUGUUGGCGAAAAAAGAGAAGAAUUAUUUUAAUAAAGUCAGUUAUUGUUUUGAAUAAUAUUAUGAAACGAUCGUAUUUUUUGCAUAAUUACACAAUAAGUUUAAGUAAGGUUACUACUUUUUAACGUCUUCUUGCUUUUCUUUCCCUAUCAAAGGUUUGACUCUUCUUUCUUUCUUUCUCUCUCUCGCGCUCUCUCUCUUUCUCUCUUUCUCUCUCUCUCUCUGCAUGUUUAUUUCUCUCCCCAGGCCCUUUCUAUUUUUUUUUUUUUUUUUUAAACUGCACAUUUUUCAAAUUUGUGUUAGGAAAACGUUAAAAAUCCACUGCCCAGAACACUAAUGAUACAAAACAAAAUGAGCCUUCGCCUGGUGUAAGAAGAAAGCAUAGAUUGUAAGUUUUCAGAUUUUUGCAUAUUGUUAACGGAAUCGGUUAGCUUUUGAAAUUAAUCUAACGACCGUGAAAAUGAAAAGUUUAAGACAAAAAAGAAAGCAGCCUCCCAAAAGGCUCCCAAACUGGAACAACGCCAAUGGAAACCGAAAAAUUGGAAAAGCUUUGCAAAAAAUGGCCUAUAGUUGUUCCGUAUGAACAUAUGUAGUCCUGUAAAAACUGCCGUAUAGCUCUUAUAAAUAAACGUAGAUUGAUGCCAUAUAUUAUUAUUAAAAAGUGAUUGCAAAGAAGAAGAAACAACGAUUUCUUAUGCAAAUGAAAUUGAUACAAGUAAAGCUACAAUUGAAGACAAUGUUCUAUUAAAUACACGUAAACAAGUCAUUUGUAAAAUCAAUGGAAUCCUUACCGAAGUUCGAAGAACAACAAGGAAACGGAAUAAAUAAUGAUGACAAAUCACCUUUGAAAGAUACGUAUGGUUUAAGUACGCGAGUAGCCCUGGGUCGCUUAUAUGAAGAAAUAGAAAAAAUAUUGCUUAACUAUGAGCAAAAAUACGCGGAAGAAAGCUGUUAUAAUAAGAUACGUAUGGCAUUCGUAAAACGGUAUGAAAGCCCAUUGGGUUGGCUUUCCAUUGGGACAACACUUCUAGCGACUGCGGCGUUGCUUCUUGCACAAUCAUAUCUAGCGGCAUUAUGCUUAGCCGUUAUAUUAACAUUGAAUCUAUUUGUCGUAAUACGUGAAAAUUAUUUGCGACGUACCGAAAUCUAUCGGAAAACUCGGUUGGCAUUGAAUGAUUUACGCUUAGCUGAACAGGAGCUGAGCGCAGAAUGGCAGCCCUGUAAUUAUCCUCAUUUGUGUUGUCCAUUAUCACCCUGUGUUUCUUUGCAGUGGACGUACAGAGACGGCGUGAUUGUGAAUCUACCGUGGGCCUUACUAGUAAAAGGAGAUUAUAUAGUAAUAAGACCAGGACAUAUAACGCCUGGUCCUUGUGCAGAAAUCAAUGGCAAAAGAAUAUUUAAAGCUCAUGAAAUUUAUGGUGUGUCCAAUAAUGUUGAACCACCUUUAAAGCCAACCGUAAGAACUCUUCUGCCAGAUUUAAUAUGCUGCUUAGAGAAUACACCUUAUUUAGAUAAUCUGAAGCUGAUACUUGAGAAUUCGCAUAAACGACCACCAACUAUCUACAAUCAGCAAAGAUAUUUACUGGUCACAAAAUAUAUACAGCAGUGGGGAUUUGCGUUCACAUUGGUCGUCACUAUAUUUGCUGGUAUUUUGAGGAUGCACGAUUUUUGUUUGGCUUGGGUCGAUUUACAACCAACUUGGAAAUACACUCUUAUAGAAUCAUCUGUUGCCGCCGUUAUACCGUUGCUCCCUUUAAUUUUUCCGUUAAUGUGGAUAUCGAUGAAUUUAUGGGGUAUUGCCAGGUUGCAAUGUUUCCUAAAAACGCCCCAACUUCUACUGACAAAAGAUCCGAAUAAAUCAUUUGAAGAAGACCUUGAUACGCCAACUUUUGAUUACGAAAAUAUUUCUUUGCAUCGUUCGAAGGUAUUUCAAUACUGGGUAAAAUUGUGGCAAGGCGACAGCGAGCUGCUGCCUAGAUCAGCGAAUGUUGUUCAAGUAUUAGGAUCCAUUACUGCACUUUGCUGCGUUGAUAAAAAAGGUAUUCUAUCAUGGCCAAAUCCCACAGCAGAAAAGGUAUUUUUCCUUCACGACGUAGAAGACGACGAUAUGGAGGAAAAAAGUGUUCAAACUUCGGUAAACACCGAGAGCGAUUUACCGGAUCCUGCAACACAAAGAGAGAAUGGCAUAGUGGCCGAAGUAUUAGAUUUGACGCAUGAUCAACACUGCCCCUUUCGCUUAGAGUUUGAUGAUCACGAAUGGAAAAACCAUAUUAAAUCUUUAAAGCCCCUCGGCUUGGCUAUCUUAUUGAAUACCUGUUCACCUCUAACUCAUGCUCAUUAUGCGAAAUUCUGCGGACAUGUUACUGCUGUGGCCACGAUGGACAAGGACUUAGUGCCCGUCACAAAUCGACGCUGCUUAUGUGAAUUAGCAAAGCAAAUCGGUUUUACUGAUCACGCCACGGAUAGAUUUACUUUGGAAGGACAACUGGCCACGUAUAGGCAUUUGCAACCUGACGUGGUGCGACGUGACAUCCGCUUUGCGAGGCAACUUCAGUUAUCGUCUAAAGUCAAAGUUCCAUUUCCACAUUCAUUAUCGGUGAUAAUGCGCGAGAAUCCUGGCGGCUAUUUAUCGUUAUUUACUCAGGGAACGGCCGAUAUUAUAUUGGAUUGUUGCGACGAUUUCUGGGACGGCAAAGAUCUACGUCCAUUAUCUCAGCAGGAUCGCAAAAGGGCGUUGGAUUUUUAUCAACGCAGCGCUCUAACCGCUUAUUGUACUGCGUUUGCAUAUAGGCCGUUGAGACAUAGCAUUAACGGCAUAUUGGGAGGCGUGCCAAAUAACAAAGGCAAUGUUGCUUAUAUGGAAUUGCCUCCCGAGUCGAAAUUACGUUUACAAAAUAUGGAUAAAAUACAUUGCGACUUUGACUGUAGCCAUGCCAAACUUAGUCACAGCAUUAGCACAGAUUCAUUACUUUUCUCGGAUGGUAAAGAAGAAGAUAUUUCGGAUGUAGAAGGAUGUUACGAAAUGCAGUGCCAUCAGGUUUUCAUUGGUAUGGUGACAAUGCAGUAUCAGGCUCAGACAGAUAUAGUACAAUUAGUGGAACAUCUGGAGCGGGCCUGUAUACGGUUUGUUCACUUCAGCAAAGAAAACGAAUUGCGUUCACGCGUUUUUUCUGAGAAAAUGGGUUUGGAAUCAGGCUGGAAUUGUCACAUCUCACUACUUAGCAAAUUCGAUGACAAGUCCAAUCUAAAGUCUCAGUCGCCCAAACCAACGGGUAAACGAGGUUUUACAAACAAUUCUACAAACAUACCUACCACCAUACGAAAUUCUCAUGAUAAUAUCAGUUCAAGCACAACCACUACUACAACAACUAUCACCACUACCACAAUCACUCAUUACCCACCACAGACGUCCAUCACUAGUACAAUCAUGUCGCCACCACCAACAUCAGCCAUAUUUACAUCAAGCAAUGAUCUCCGUUCUCGAGUCAAUAUAAUUGCAAACAAUUGCAUUUUAGGAAACAUCGCUGAUAGUGACGAGUCGUCAGAUUUAAAUUUUCUACUUCCACCGACCAAUCUGGAAACUUCAAAAGCGCUAAGCUCUUCAGCUCCUGGAGCCAUUUCGAAUCACGGCAGUAAUACCUUUUAUAUCACCGAUAAAAACGAAAUUGUUUCCAAUUCUAGUUUAUCAGAAUCCAUACAAUUUCGAAAUGAUGCCGAAAAAUGUAAUCGACGACGACGAAAUUCGCAGGAUUCUGCUUUAGAUGAAAAUGGUCGCUCUGUAAGCAUCCUGACAGAUACUACCGAACAAAGUGCACCAGUUCAUUUUGAUAUGUCUAAUAGAGCUAAAUUGCCGCGGGGUAUCGAGAAUAUACGACCACAUUUAGAAAAGGUCGAUAAUGUUCCUUUGCAGGUCUCUUUAUUUACCGAUUGUUCAGCUGAAGCUACAAGGCAAAUGUUAGAGAUUAUGCAGUCGUAUGGAGAAAUAGUGGUUUGCCUAGGAUCCUCAGCAAGCAACUCGAAUGCAGAGAUAUUUCUUCAGUCUGAUUGCAGCAUAGCCGUAGAACCACUGUAUCCCCAAGUCUGUCAAGAUAUUGAAGCUUUUUCGGAAGCUAAUAUAUUUAAUAAUCGCUUGAAGUUAUUAAGAAAACGGAACGGGACUGCAACUGAGUUGCAUCCAGAUGCUUUAGCAGUUGAAGAACUUUUAGAAUCUGGUUUGUAUGGUAACACCGUCGAGGUGCAGCCUAUACAAUCAUCAGGCAAUACGGUUUCACCUAUUUACUUAAGUCGCCAAUUAAACUCACUGCCAUGCUCAAUAUCUGUAAAGCGUGAAGAUUCCCUGUCUUUGGUUGCCAUUAUAGAAUUAUCUAGACGAUUUUCAUCGGGUCUUUGGAAUUGUAUACAAUUUUGGGCCAGUUGUGCCGGGUCUUUAGCUUCCGUUAAUGUGUUGAGCACAUGUUUGUCGUUACCUCCUGUAUUGUCACCAGUUAUGGUACUUUAUCUUAUGUGCAUACCGGUUCCUCUCAUAUCGUUAGCAUUAGCGCAUAUCGAUAUGGAUCCAAAAAUAAUGAACAGAGCUACCGGCAAAAAGCAAACAAAAUAUGAUUCUCGUGUUUUUGGAUUUGUUCUAUGGUGUUAUGGCUGUAAAUUUAUGACCCCAGUAUUAUUGACGAUAUUGGGCUAUUGCGCUUUUAUAUCGCAUCCUAUUGGGAAAAUGAAUUCAAGUGAGGAAAAUACUCUUUUAAAGGUACAAAUCGCUCGAAUAUUUUGCUUGCCCGGAGUAUUGGUACAUUUCGUAAUUGUGUCAGCCUCUUUUGUACAUCGUGACCAUUCUCUAUGGCGGAAGAGUCCAUUGCGCAAUCAUAUUUGGUCCUUUACUUGUUUCUGUAUAUUACUAUUGCACGGCCUAAUCUGCACAUCACAAAUUUUUCUAAACGACAAUGUCUUUCAUCAUGUUUUUCAUGUUUGGCCAGCCGCAGUCUUUUUGUACAGCAGUUCAUUAAUAAGUCUUUUAGUUUCAGAAAUCUGCAAAUGGCAGGAGAUCAAGGUCAAUUCCCGAUAUCAACGGCGAGCUCGCUUGGAUUUCGGUACGAAAUUGGGCAUGAACUCACCAUUCUAAUUUGCUUCCCUUAACUUCUCAGUUAAACAAUUAAUGUUUUUCAUCUUAAGUAUAUGUAUGUGUAAGUUUUAAAGAAAAAUAUUAA